AUGAACGUACUUGAAAACGCUGAAAAAGAAUGUUCGAUACUUGGUGCAUUAUUUCAAAGUAUUGUCAACGAAAUGAAGAACAGUUCGACAUUAUGGGAAGAUUUAGUGACGAAAGCAAGCAAACUACAUGUUCAACUGAAAGCUACACUCAUCGCUUUCAGUUCGUUUUUGGAUGCAUUUCAACGAAUUGCUGACUUAGCAACAAAUACAAAAGGUCAAACGCGAGAUAUCGGCACAGCUUUAACUCGAUUAUGUUUAAGACAUAAGGCAAUUGAACAAAAAUUAAAAUCUUUUACAAGUUCCUUGAUUGAAGCUUUCGUUCAACCAUUGAAUGAAAGAAUUGAAGAUUGGAAAAAGUCAGCCAAUACACUAGAUAAAGAUCAUGCAAAAGGACUUAAAGAUUAUAAAAAACUUCGCAAUGAAUUACGAAAAAAAGCUACUGAAACAGUAAAAUUGAGGAAAAAAUGUAAAAAAUUACCGAAAAAUGAUAUAUUGCACAAUAAACUGAAUAGUGCUAUUCAAGAAGUUAGCAAUUAUUAUUCAAUGCUUGAAGAACGAGAAAAACACGCAUUACGAUCGGCAAUGAUCGAAGAAAGGAGCCGUUUCUGUUCGUUGUAUAAUUUUAUUAAACCAAUUAUGGAACUUGAAAUAUCGAUGUCAACUGAAAUGAGUCAUGUUGAAGAUAUUGUACAAUGUUUAAACAAACAAACAUCAGAACCAAAUUGUUUACCAAGUGCAAGCGAGCAAGUCAUUAAAGAUAUUAAAGGAAUCGAUUAUAGUACAAUUGUUGCAUUUAAAACACCACCAUCAUCGCCCGGUUCUCUUAGUAGUCGAAAAUCGAGUAUUUGUUCUAUAAAUAGUAUCAGUAGUUCAUCGAGCAGUUCAACAAAUUCACAUAGUCCUCAACAUCAUAAACAAAUACAAAUUGUACAUCAUAAUGGUCAAUAUAUCCAUUCGCAAUAUAAUCAAAAUAACAAACCGAUGCCAGGUGUUGUUGCUGUUAGUCGAUUAUCUAGUGUAUCCUCACAAGAUUCAGGAUUUACAUCACAAGAACAGUUUUUUGCUCGUCCACCAUCUCCGCUUGAAGAAUCAGAGCGUGAAUUAGACGGUAGUGCUAGUCCAUUACUUGUUGUUUGUAGUACAUUGAAUGCUUGGGCUAAAAGACCAGAACCAUCAACAGGAAAACAUCCGCAUACUGUGACGGGAGCACCUGAACCAGCUAAAUGUACGCGUCCUGCUAUCACUGCUCACACAUUUGAUCCACCUGAUCCUAGCUUAUUUGAAAAACCAAACUGGAAUAUAUACGAAGAAACUGGUCAACAAAUGCGCUCACCAUCGGUAAUAUCUGAAGAUGGUCCCUAUGGCGUUUUAUCUCGUCAACAUUCAGUGCCAUCUCGCCGUUGUCGUAUUAGAGAUUUAAGUCUUGAGAGAUGUUCGCCAAUGCGUGAUCAUCCAAAUUCAAGAUUAAAAGUCGCCCAACCACCUUUAUUACCUGAAUAUUAUGGUAUGCGUGCGAAUAUGACGAUAGAUGAAAAUAAUGAACAACAACGUCGAAUGAGAAGCGCAACAUUGCCGUCGGAAGCAAUUGCAAUUGAUACAAAAUCCAUUGUGUGGCGUGAUCGAAAUCGUCAACAAUACACACAUAACUCAUCAACAACCACUCUUUCAGAAGAUACACAGUAUUCAACAAGUAACUAUUAUGGUCAGUUGCAACCUUCAUUCGACUCUGUUGAUGAAACCCUUGAUGAAAGCGUGCCGAAUAAUGAUCGUGACCAACAAAAUUCAUCAUCAACUAAAAAUUCCGUCGAGUAUCUUCGUCGUGGCAUGUCUGUCAUAGAAAAACCUGCACCACCGAUUCGUCGUACACCGUCGAUGAAUACAUCAACAACGACAUGCAAAAUGGCUCCAUCACUAAUGACAAAAUCUUCGUGCGUAAAAGAUGAUGCCUAUAUUGAACUUCAAUCACGUCUCAAAGCAAGACUCAAACGUGCUGAAGAAUUGGCUAGUGCUGUUGAAUGUCAGACAGCAGGAAAUGUAAACAGUAUGAACGUUGUAAAUGUAAAUAAUAAUAAUACGAAUGGGUUAAAUAGUAAAAAGCCGAAUAUUAUGCAACAGCAACAUCAGUCGACGUCUAGAAACUAUGAUAACGACAUUAAUAUACGGGAUGACUUUCCUCCGCCACCACCUGAUUUCUUUUUUGACGAUUGCCAGAAAUCAACGACUUACAAUCCUUCUGUACAUUUGAACAAUUCACCUAACGUUGGAUCCGUACCAAUUCAACAUAACACAAAUGAGACAUCAAAAAAUUCAUCAUUUCUGCAAGAAAUUCAACGUGGAAUCAAACUUCGUAAGACAGUCACAAAUGAUAAAUCAUUACCGAGAAUGAAAUAA